CGCUCUGGGGCUGCGGGCUGCGCGCUGCUGCCGGUGCUGCCGACCCCGCCGCCGCGUCCGCCUUGUCCCCGGUGUCCCCGGCGUCCCCGCCCUGCCGAUCGCCGCUGCAGCUCGGCCUCAGCGCCGCCGCCACCACCUGGGGAUCCUGAGCGCUGAGCGGUUACUCUCGCUGGAAGGAACCAUGAAUUGGCACCUUCCCUUCUUGCUUGUGGCCACAUUGACGCUGCCUUCCGUCUGCUCCCACUUCAACCCACUGUCUCUGGAGGAGCUGGGCUCCAACACAGGCAUCCAGAUCUUCACUCAGAUUGUCAAGGCCCGGCCACAUGACAACAUCGUCGUGUCCCCCCAUGGGAUUGCUUCUGCCCUGGGGAUGCUGCAGCUGGGAGCUGACGGCAGAACCAAGAAGCAACUCACCUUGGUGAUGAGAUACAGCGUGAAUGGUGCGGGAAAACACUUGAAGAAGAUCAACAAGGCCAUUAGCUCCAAGAAGAACAAGGACAUUGUGACAACGGCUAAUGCUGUGUUUGCACAGAGCGGCUUCCGAAUGCAGGCGCCCUUCAUCGCUCGCAGCAAGGACGUCUUCCAGUGCGAGGUUCGCAGCCUGGACUUCAAAAACCCAACCAACGCCUGCGACUCCAUUAAUGCCUGGGUCAAGAACGAGACCAGGGGUAUGAUCGACUCUGUGCUGUCCCCGGAUCUCAUCGACUCAGCGCUCACACGACUGGUCUUGGUCAACACGGUGUAUUUCAAGGGCCUGUGGAAAUCGCGGUUUCAACCCGAGAACACCAAGAAGCGCACAUUUGUGGCAGCCGAUGGGAAGUCUUACCAAGUACCCAUGCUUGCCCAACUGUCUGUGUUCCGGUGUGGAUCUGCCAGCAUUCCUGGCGACUUAUGGUACAACUUUAUCGAACUGCCUUACCAUGGAGAAAGCAUUAGCAUGCUGAUCGCACUGCCCACCGAGACCUCCACACCACUCUCAGCACUCAUCCCUCAUAUCAGCACCGACACCAUCGACAGCUGGAUGAGCAUCAUGGUGCCCAAGCGAGUGCAGGUUAUCCUGCCCAAGUUCACAGCUGAAGCCCAAACAGAUUUGAAGGAGCCACUAAAAUAUCUUGGCCUCACUGACAUGUUUGAUCCAGCAAAGGCGAAUUUUUCAAAAAUAACAAAGUCAGAAAGCCUUCAUGUUUCUCAUGUCUUACAAAAAGCGAAAAUUGAAGUCAGUGAAGAUGGAACCAAAGCUUCAGCAGCAACAACUGCAAUUCUCAUUGCCCGGUCAUCGCCCCCCUGGUUUAUCGUAGACAGACCUUUUCUAUUUUUCAUUCGACAUAAUCCCACAGGUGCUAUCUUAUUCAUGGGACAGAUAAACAAACCCUGAAGAGCACACGAAGGAACUUCUGCAAAGACUCCUUUGCUCCUUUCUUACAUCUUUCAUAGUUCUGUUAAAUAUUUUUGUACAUCACCUUCUUUUCAACAUAAAUUCUUAGGAAGAGUCUCAAUGAUGCAAAUGUGCCUGUUCUGGAAUGUGUUUGAGAGUGGCGGAAAAGACAUUACACUGAGAGAUGAAUGAAAAGCCUGUAAAAUGUCUCAAAGAUUCUUUUAAACUACUGAUGGUUAUCUAGGCUAGCAACCCUCUUGAGGAUUUAACUGUCCAGUCCAGGAGUUUUGUUUUGUUUAUAUACGGGCUUUUCAUAAGAAACUUAGUGUAACACAGUUUGGGGGGAAAUGACAUUUUUUGGUGACUUUUACUUUUAUAUAAAAAAAUCUUAUUGACUGUCGAAACAUUUUUUGGUUCCAUCCAAAGUCUUCAUAAUAGUCAGCAUUAUUUGGGGGGAUGGGGAUAGAAAUAGUGAGAUCUCUAGCCUCUGUGUGUUUUUGUUGUUGUUGUUUUAUAUAAUGCAUGUAUUCACUAAAACCAAGUUUGCAAAAUUAAUGUCUUGCUAGACCAGGUUUGCUAUUGUGCGUUGUGCCUGUUGCCACUGGUCUGUCCUCUUUGAAUCUGCGUUUUUGUAUUUUGUAUAAAGUAAAAAUAAAGUGUUAUGAGUAGUAAAAAAAAAAAUCAAUAUAAU